UCCGAACAAAGAGCCGGCAGCUCGCGUGCGGGGCGGGCGGGGACGCGAGGGCCGGCAGGAAGCCUCCGUGGGCGCGGGGGCGCGGGCCGGGCUGCCCGCACGCUGACCUUCCCGGGCUGGGAGGGAAGAGCGCUGGCUGCCGGCGGUGGGAGGCCCCGGGGGCCGCAGGUCUCCGUCUCUCUAGGCGCCGCUCCAGUCGCCGCGCCGGAGCCCCUGGCCGGGCCCAGCAGCCAUGGCCCGCUAUAAGACUGAGCAGGACGACUGGCUGAUCAUCUACUUGAAGUAUUUGCUCUUUGUCUUCAACUUCUUCUUCUGGGUCGGGGGAGCAGCCGUCCUGGCUGUGGGCAUCUGGACCCUGGUGGAGAAAAGUGGUUACCUCAGCGUCCUGGCCUCCAGCACCUUUGCCGCCUCCGCCUACAUCCUCAUCUUCGCGGGCGUACUUGUCAUGGUGACCGGCUUCCUGGGCUUCAGUGCCAUCCUCCGGGAGCAGAAGGGCUGCCUCUCCACGUAUUUCUGCCUGUUGCUCGUCAUCUUCCUGGUUGAGCUGGUGGCAGGAGUCCUGGCCCAUGUGUAUUACCAGAGGCUGAGUGAUGAACUGAAGCAGCACUUGAACCGGACUCUGGCUGAGAACUACGGGCAGCCCGGAGCCAUGCAGAUCACCGCCUCAGUAGACCGGCUCCAGCAGGAUUUCAAGUGCUGCGGAAGCAACAGCUCAGCCGACUGGCAGCACAGCACGUACAUCCUGUCGCGGAAGGCCGAGGGCCGCCAGGUGCCCGACAGCUGCUGCAAGACAGUGGUGGCGCGCUGCGGCCAGCGGGCCCACCCCUCCAACAUCUAUAAGGUGGAGGGAGGCUGCCUCACCAAGCUGGAGCAGUUCCUGGCUGACCACCUGCUGCUCAUGGGGGCCGUGGGCAUCGGGGUGGCCUGCCUGCAGAUCUGCGGGAUGGUUCUCACCUGCUGCUUGCACCAGAAGCUCCAGCGGCAUUUUUACUGAUGGCCAACCACCUCCUCUUCCAACUGCCCCUCAGGACGACAAGUGGCCACAUGCCAUCUGCAAGGCCUGCAGAGUUAGCACCAGCUCCACUAGGGCCGUAGAUGCCCCCUCCUUUGUGCCCAGCUCCUGCAAAUCCACCAAGUGCCUGAGACCAUAGCUUCUACUGUGCCCACCCAGGCAGGGACCCUCGGCCCCCUCUCCUCCAUUUCUGAGCCCCCAUGGCCAGAUCCUGGGCAGGGAAAUGAUCCUUUUAGGAGACAACCAGAGCCCCUCACCAGGCAUGGGGGCACCUGCGGACUACGGGAGGGUGGCGGUUGGGUUCUCUGCUCCCUCCCAGCUGCUGAACCUGGAACAAUGGGCAGAAAACCCAGGAACCCCGGCACUCCUGCAUUCAGCACGGGAUUCCCCCACCCAUGCUCAGAAGCCCUGACCUUGUCGUUUCUGGAAAAAGCAUGGGGUGGGGCAGGGAGGGCUGGCAUUUCCCCCAAAAGACCUUGCCCUUUGACCUGCCCACUCUCCACACUGCCUCACCUGGAAAGCCAUGUCCUGCUGGCCUCAUUCCUUCCUGCAGGGCCUGGGAGUGGGGAGGCCUGGGUAGGGCAGCCACAGGCUGGGUAGAGCCGCCCUGGCAGGAAGCAGGGGGUAAGGUGGCCACACCAGCACAUGCUGCACUAGAAGCAGAGCCCUGCUCCUGCCUAACUGCCCUCCUGGGAGAAACCUCCCUGGGAUACCAUGGCCCCAAGCCCUGGCCUCUAGUGAUAUGCCCCUCAGGGAUCUCCUGUUCCAGGGCCUGGUUCUCAGGAACACCGGGUUUUCAGACCAUCUUCAGCUCCUAAUGUUGGUGGGUGUCAAACAUCUCCUGGAGUGGACCAACUCGCAACCCUGCGAAGUCGGAGCCGCUGAGAAGGGGCAGCUCUGAAUAGAGGGGCAUCUGCCUGAACCUCA